CCGAAAAUCAGUAUUCAGUGCUCCGUGUACGAAGCUGGACCGGAGUCCCAGCGCCGCACAACCAGUGUGAUCAGUCAUCCCCGCCGAUCCGCGACCACAUAUCAAAAUGAACUACUGUCUAGUCUCCGUUGUUGUAGCUGUAGUUUCGUGCUUGGCCCUCGUCCGCUCGGAAAUCGUCCCGUGGACACCGUGCCCCGUUUACGGCAAAGCAGCCAACGAGACCAAACAAUGUGAUAUCAACCAAGUAAGAAUCAGCCCCUGCGUAGAAGCCAAAGAUGGAAAACCGUGUAAAAUGUACCGAAAUACGACAGGAUCCAUAGAAUUUGAUUUCACUCCCUAUUUCUCCGGAGAGCAAAUCGGCGCAAGAGUGUAUUGGGCGAGUCUUCUGGACAUCCCUUUCCUGGACAUGAACUCGGACGGAUGCUUGUACACCACGUGCCCGAUGGAAGCUGGCAAGAACUAUACUCUGAAAUACGGACUCCUCAUCCGUGAAUCAUAUCCUCCUGGUAACUACCCAAUCAAGUGGAAGGUUUGGAACGAGAAGAAUGAUGAAUGUUGUUUUAUGUAUGCCGUUAAACUUAAGUAAAUAUUUAUUUUCGCAAACAAAAAUAAAACCACAAAAAUGAU